AUGUGGUUUAUUUCUCACCUUCUUGAGACCCCUGCUUUCUGGGACAACAAAGAAUGUUUGAUAUGGUCUCAAAGGAUUAUGUCACUUACCAGUUCUGAUAUUGUUUGGUAUUCUCAUGAUUACUUCUAUGCUAAGAUAAUUGAUAGAUGGGGUGAGUUCUCUAAUGUGCCUCUUCUUGGUACAAAAGGAGGAAUCAGCUACAACCCUGUUUUAGCCAGACGUCAAAUGAGGUAUCCUUUGAAUGACAAACCUGGUAAUCUCUCAGUGGAAGGAAUCUUUUUCAUGAAUGAGAAAGACGAGCAAAGAUUGAGGAAGAGGAUCGUCCAUGCCUGGCACAACAUCCAAAGGAAGGGUAGAGAAGAACUUGGAAAGAAGGAUUGUGUAGCUAAAAAAUCAUAUAUGAAGAGGGUGACUGAUAGAGCAAUCAAGUUAAAGAUGUCGUAUCCUUCAUUCUCUCCAUUAUCUGAUACUCAUGUUGAUUCCAUUAUUUCUGUUACUCCUGCUGAAGAUUUGGAAGAUUCUCAAGUUACUUGUGAUCAAUUGAAGAUUGAAAGGGAUGAGUGGAAAUAUAAAUUCCAUGCUUCUGAUGUAGAGAAGGUGGAAUUGCUCAAACAGUUGAAGGAGAAGGAUGAGUUGCUUCUUCAUAAGGAUGUUUUGCUACAACACCAGAAGGAUGUCCCAAUUGAGAAGUCCAAUAAGAAGAGAAGAGUGCAAGAGGAUUUAUUUUCCUCUAGCAUGGUACCACUACAUGAGUAUUCUAACAUUCUUGCUACUUCAGGGGCCUAG